CACGCAUGGUCUACCAUAUUUAGAUAUUAUUAGACUUUCAUGGAUCGACAAGCAAUUUCCAUGUCUGUGUGUUUGUUUACGCCCAGUCAACUGACUUUGCAAGCUUAGAGUCUCAGUUAUUCAGUUGAAAGUGAAGGGCAUUCAAGAAAUCGUCCAAGUCGAGAUCUCACAUCGAAAGGAGUGGCAGGGAAGUCAAGGAAGCAUGUGACUGACUCCAAUUUAUGCUGCAAAUUCAAGUAAAGUCAACUCUCGUAUUAAGUAAGGCCCAAAUAAUUAUAAUGACUGUUUUUAUAUAUUCGAAAGGCCAAAAUCCAAAGCGAACUGAAGCCGAAAGAGGACGAUAAACGAACACAGAAGGAAAAACAAGGACGAAGGAAUCAAAGGAAGCGUGGCGUUCCGAACGCCUCUGUGUCAUAUGGCAUUCCGCCCCAAGAAGCCUAACUCCGCCUCCCCCACCACCCUUCUCCUCCUCCUCACCCUCUCCGCCGUAGCCAUCCUGCUCCUCCGCUCCCCUUCCAUCUCCACCCCAUCCUACCGCAACGCCGCCACAUCUUCCAAGGCUACAACCUUCUCCGGGGACCUCCGCCACGCUCACUUCUCCUGGAACAGCCUCCGCCUCACCCCUGACGGUCCCCCGCCCGCCAGCCUGCGCAUCGCCGUCUUCACCCGCAAGUGGCCGGUGUCCUCCGCCCCCGGUGGCAUGGAGCGCCACGCCCUCACCCUUCACUCCGCCCUGUCUGGCCGCGGCCACGCCAUCCACGUCUUCACCUCGGCGCCCUCCUCGGGCGAGCUGCCGGCCGAGGGCGGCGCCGCAGGCGGCGGCCCUCAUCUCCACUUUCUCUCCGGGACGAACUGGCGGUGCGACGAGGCCUGGGCGCUGUACGAGGCGGAGGUGGAGCAUGGCGGUGCCUUCGACGUCGUGCAUUCGGAGAGCGUGGCGGUGUUCCACCGGUGGGCGCGCCGCAUUCCUAACCUCGCCGUGUCGUGGCACGGCAUCUCGCUGGAGGCGCUCCAUUCGGGCAUCUACCAGGAUUUGACCCGCCGCCCCGACGAGCCCCUCUCUCCAGCAUUCAACCGCUCCCUUGGCGGGUCCAUCUACAAGGUCCUCGACGAGAUCCGCUUUUUCCACCACUACGCCCACCACGUCGCCAUCAGCGACAGCACGGGGGAGAUGCUGCGCGACGUGUACCAGAUCCCCUCCGGCCGCGUCCACGUCAUCCUCAACGGUGUCGAGGAGGACAAAUUCGCCCCGGACGCCAGCCUCGGCGACGCCUUCCGUGCGGAGAUGAAGAUACCCCUCGGCUCUCUGGUGAUGGGCGUGGCGGGGCGGCUGGUGAAGGACAAGGGGCACCCGCUACUGUACGAGGCGUUCGCCAAGUUGUCCCUGCGCCAUCCGAACGUGUACUUGGUGGUGGCGGGUUCGGGGCCGUGGGCGCAACGGUACGCGGAGCUGGGCCGUAACGUGGUGGCGCUGGGACCGGUGCCACCGGAGAAACUGAGAGCCUUCUACAACUCGCUGGACGUGUUCCUGAACCCGACGCUGCGGCCGCAGGGGCUGGACCUGACGCUGAUGGAGGCGAUGCAGUGCGGCAAGCCGGUGGCGGCGACGCGGUUUCCCAGCAUCAAGGGGACCAUCGUGGUGGACGACGAGUUCGGGUACACGUUCGCUCCCAACGUGGAGGCGCUGCUGGAGGUACUGGAGAAAGUGGUGGGCGAGGGACCGGCGCGGCUGGCGGAGCGCGGCCGGGCAUGCAAGAACUACGCCCAGUCCAUGUUCACGGCAACCAAGAUGUCCUUGGCGUACGAAAGACUCUUCCUCUGCAUCAAGAACAACACCUAUUGUUCCUAUCCUCUGCCCUUCGAUUGACCAAACUCAUCGCCAUUUUUUAUUCCAUUGCUUUUAUUACAUUUAAUUACAUCUGGUCAUUCGAUUACAGCUUACUUCAA